AUGGCGGGCCGGUGUGAGAGGUUACGUCUGUGCGCGGUAACACAUGGUUUUACAGUGAUUUUCCUGUGUACCCUUGUGGUGUGCUCGGCUGAGGGAGUUGUGGAGGGGUUUGAGGGAGGAGCGGCGGUCCUGCCCUGUACUGUCAGUAUACAGGGGAAUCUGCGGUGGAGCGCUCUGAAUCAACCCAUCCUGAUCAGAACCGGUGGUCAAGUCCUCAUAGAACAGAACACCCAAUGGAAGGAUGUGAUCAGCCUUGUGGGGAGCAGCAACAACCUGAGCAUCAGCAAAAUCAGUCGUCAGAGAGAUGACGGCAAGAACUUCACGUGUUCUGAUGCACAAGGAACAGGUCAGCAGGCGACAACUGUCAGGGUGUUAGUGAGGAUCAGUGGAGUCGGGAUAGAGCAGGCCAGUGAGGGGCAGGUAACUCUAACAGAGGGGACACCUAAAACAUUAACCUGCACAGUGACCGGGAACCCUAACCCUAAUCCAUUCUACAGCUGGAUGGUGGAUGAUGGCGGCGUGACCGGGCAGGGAUCAAGCUACAGUCUGACCGCAGACAGAUCUAUGAGGAGCGUCAGAUGUACAGCCACAAACAAGUACAGUGACGGGAGUGUACUGAGUACAAAGGAGGCCACAGCUACACUCAAUGCCCUCUACCUGGACACCCCUAGUGCUACCACUCCUGUCAAUGUAACAGAGGAUGAAACAGCCAUCUUAGUGUGCUCUGCCCAGGGGAAUCCCCAAUCUACAUUUGCGUGGAAGAUGUCAAAGAGUGCAGAGGUCAAGAGAACAUCAGCUGUUUACAGGAUAGAGAAUGUACAGAGGUCAGCUUCUGGGGAGUAUACGUGUAAUGUCACGAACAGUGUUGGGAGUGGACAGACGACCGUGCAGCUUGUUGUACAGUGUGAGUAGUUUGAUCAGGUUGUCAG